AUGGUGGUGUGUGUCCGAACACGCAGAACGCGACAAGACAUGGACUGUCGGCGCAACUGUCCGUACAUGUCCAAGCGCAGCGGCAGCCUCAUCUUAUCCUCUCCUUGCAGUGGUGGAAUGAGUGCCGCCACCAUCUUUCUCAUCUUCCUGCGCUACUCGCUUCGUUUAGGGCUAGCGAAAGGGAGGUAAUUAAGGCGAUGAAGGAAGCGGUGGUGUUGUACCCAGUGCCCGGCAUCGGCCACCUGGUGCCCAUGUUGGAGCUGGCCAAGCUCUUCCUCCUCCACGACUUCUCCGUCACCGUUGUCCUCAUGGACACCCCUAUCAACCACCCCUCCAUUGACUCCAUUAUUACCCGCGUCUCCUCCGACUACCCCUCCAUCUCCUUCCACCGCCUCCCGCCUGUCUCCUCCGUUCCCGACCCGGAAGCCGUGUUCACCGUCCGCUUGUUGGACGUCGUUCGCCUCAACAACCCGCAGUUUCUCCACUUCGUCGCCGCCCAUUCCCAGACCUACGACGUCCGCGCCGUCGUCCUCGACUUCUUCUGCACCGACGCAGACGUCACCGCCGAGCUUCGCCUCCCCUCCUACCUCUUCUGGACCUCGGGCGCCGCCGAUCUUGCAAUUUUCCUCUACUUCCCGACCCUCCACUUCACCACCCACCUCAGCUUCAAGGACCUCGACGACGCCCCGCUCCACAUCCCGGGGCUGCCGCCGGUCCCCGCCUCCCACAUGCCUCCCGACGCGUUGGACCGCAACAGAGAAUCCUAUAAGAGAUUGCUGCUCAUCGCCGAACGCGGGCCGAACGCCGACGGAUUGCUGAUCAAUACGUUCGAAUCCAUGGAGGUUCAGGCGGUUAGGGUCCUCCAGGAUGGUGCUUUCAUUCCGGGCCGUCGGAUGCCGCCGGUCUACUGCAUUGGGCCGUUGGUCGCGGACUGGAGCGGGGACGACCGACGUGUAAAGGAAGAAAAGGCGGAGUGCGUGGCGUGGUUGGACGCGCAGCCGCGAGGGAGCGUGGUGUUCCUCUGCUUCGGCAGCAUGGGCACCUUCCGUGCAGAGCAGUUGAUGGAGAUCGCCGCCGGCUUGGAGAGGAGCGGACAGCGGUUCCUGUGGGUGGUGCGAGCCCCGGAGGCUGAGAGCGUAGAGCACCAGGUGUCGGAGCCACUAACCGAAUCGGACCUGGAGACUCUGUUGCCCGAAGGUUUCUUGGAGCGGACGAGGCAGAGGGGGUUGGUGGUGAAGUCGUGGGCACCGCAGGUGGAGGUGCUGAACCACCGGGCCGUGGGCGGAUUCGUCACCCACUGUGGGUGGAACUCGGUGAUGGAGGCCAUCAUGGCCGGGGUGGCGAUGGUGGCGUGGCCGCUGUACGCGGAGCAGAAGCUGAACAAGGUGUUGCUGGUGGACCAGAUGCGAAUGGCGGUGGCGAUGGAGGGCUACGACAAGGAACUGGUGGCGGCGGAGGAAGUGGAGGCCAAGAUCAGGUGGCUGAUAGAGUCGGAGGGAGGGCAGGAACUGAGGGCGCGGGCGGUGGCGAUGAAGGAGACGGCGGCGGAGGCAAGGAGAGAAGGGGGUUCGUCUCAGCGAGCGUGGCUAGAAGUCGUGAAAUCGUUGAAGGCUUCUUCAUGGAAUUAACGGAUAACGAUUUGUGGUCGAUAGAAGGAGAGGCUUAUUAUUUAGCCCCUAAUAAAGAUAAUAACAAAUAAUAAAAUAUUAUUUUUAUUAUUUA